GGUGUCUCUCCUUGCCCAGGGAGCCCAUCUGGCCAUGCCAUGGGYGCAGCAGGCGUGUACUACGUCAUGGUGACAGCUCUCCUCUCUGCUGCUGGGGGAAAGAAGCAGUCAAGGACGCUUGGAUACUGGGUGCUGUGGGCAGUGCUCUGGAUGGGGUUCUGGGCAGUCCAGGUCUGUGUCUGCAUGUCCCGAGUCUUCAUUGCCGCUCACUUCCCCCACCAGGUGAUUGCAGGGGUUUUCUCAGGGAUGGCCGUGGCCAAGACUUUCCACCAUGUCCGCUGCAUCUACAAUGCCAGCUUCGGUCGGUACCUGGGCAUCACAGUCUUCCUCUUCAGCUUCACUCUGGGUUUCUACCUGCUGCUCUGGACAUUCGGYGUGGACCUGCUGUGGACGCUGGAGAAGGCACAGAGGUGGUGCAGCCGCCCCGAGUGGGUCCACAUCGACACCACCCCGUUUGCCAGCCUCCUCCGUAACCUGGGCAUCCUCUUCGGGCUGGGGCUGGCCCUCAACUCCCACAUGUACCGGGAGAGCAGCCGCUUGAAGCAGGGCCAGCAGCUGCCCUUCCGCCUGGGCUGCAUCGCCRUCUCCCUGCUCGUGCUCCACAUCUUCGACUCCUUCAAGCCCCCCUCGCACAUGCAGCUGCUCUUCUACGCCCUCUCCUUCUGCAAGAGCGCGGCCGUGCCGCUGGCUGCUGUGGGCCUCAUCCCCUACUGCCUCUCGCAGCUCCUGGGCACGCAGGACAAGAAGGCUGCCUAAGGCAGGGAGACACGCCGGCCCCGGGCUCAGGGUGCAGCUCAGACACCGUUCAAUUCCCGCUGGUUCUGCACUGGGAGCGGGCCAUGGAGGCUGGGCUGGUGCUGCUGCUGGGGGGGCUCCCAGCACGGACUCUUGGUGUCAGCUCUGAGCCUGGCUGAUGGCACAGAGAGCCCUGCACGCCCUGGACUGCCCUGCUGUCCCUCCUGCACCCACAGGUGGAGGUCACCUGCCCAGGACCCAGCAGCAGCAGCAGCGACCCUGCACUCCCUUGCAGCUCGUGGGGACAUGCCAGCUGCGCGCUGCAGGGCUGGGGAUGGCACCGCUGGGAGCAGGGUUCUGACCCCUGAGCACCUGGGGUCUGCUCAAGAGGCAGCUCUGUGACUGACUGGACUGUGACAUGGAGAUAAAGUGCCCAGAUAAAGUGAUGGACUCCCCCCGCCCUGGGACAUUCAGUGUUCACCCCAAUGUGGGGUGCAUGCACACCCACAUGUGCACACAAAGAACAUGUAUCCAUGCACACAGGACGUGGGGUUUGCCUGUGCACAGGAGGUAUUUUAUUAAAGCUGAAGGUUGUUUA